GACGUUUGAUAUUUGACAUUGACGUAUAUAACGUAUAUUGUGAAAAUAAUUUUUAAAACUUGGCAUGUUUAUAUAGUAUCGAUUUAAAAUUUAGUUUUUAUAUGAAAAUAGAGAUCGCUGUUAUAAUGUUGGAUGUUAAAUUUUGGAAAUAGUUUCUAUUUUCUAUUAUGUCGAUAAAUGUUCACGUUUCUGGAAAUCCUAUUAGUAUAAAAAGAGGCAAAAUGGUAACAGCAGAUUUAGAUCACAGCAAAAAAGAAUUUGAAAAACGUCGUCUUAUGCGAUUAGAACAAGUAAGACAACAAUCGAAGCAUAUAGCUGAGGAUGUAAGAAAUAAAGUUAAACGAGAAAAAAUAAUACAAAUGAAACAAAUAGAAGAAGAAGGUAAACAGAAACUGAAAAACUGGCAGAAUAGGAAGUUAUUAGAGCUUCAAACACAGUACAAACAAGCCCUAAAAGAAUUGGGAACAGGUCAUAAAGAAGCCAAAAUUUCGGAAGAUGAAGAAACUUUAAGACAAGAACAGAUGAUUCUAAAUCAAGAACUUUCAGCUAAAAGGGGUCACAAAGCUGCAUGUAAACUACAUUCCCAAAUGAAAAAAACAGAAAGUGACAAGAACGCUAUUAAGGAUCGUAAAAAAAUUGUUCGUGAAAUAGAAGAUACAAGAGCCGCAAUGUUGACAGGUUUCACACAACCGGCGCACAGUGAACCUCGUGUGAAGAAAAAGAAACAUAGGGAAGGGAAUGAUGAACUGAGAAUCAGUAUACCAGACUCUGAUUCUGAUUUCCAAGGAAGUUCUAACUCAUUAUCAGAUAUUAUAGAAGGUGAUGAGGAAUCGACUAGUUGCACAUGCGAUCUAGAAGAUUCCGGUCCUUCAGAUAACAAAAUUGAAGGUACAAAAUCCGAUUCUAUGAAUAUAGAAACUUUGGAAGUUCCUACAAACCCACCGAUGAUAUCUACUCAGAAUUUUUCAGAAAAAACAAAACCUAAAGUAAAUUUACCGUCACGUUAUACACAAACAGUACCUCUUAUUGAUUCAGCUUCUCAGCAACAUAUUUCUUCAAUAACUGAACAACAAGCACUUUCAGUUGAUGAACCACAUGCCUUCAAAUGUACUCCUUGUGAUACUAGAAUCUCUGAUAGGAUAAAACGUAGGGAACUGUUUUCCCAUCAACAGAAAUCAGCAAUGCCCAAAGAACAAAGUAGCAUUGCCAUUAGGGACUAUAUACAGUCAAGAACUUGUUGUAUAAACUGCACGUGUGGUUGUUCAAUGAAAGAGGUGCAAUUGAAAGAUGUUGAUGCAGAAGAAAGGACAAAUAGGUACAAAGAUUUUGAAAAAUUCGGUGGUACAGAGAAGAAAUCUGAAUAUUUAGAUGAAAUAGAAGAUAGUAAUAUUCACAGUAAAUCUGAUCAAUUUACUAAAGAUGAGGAAAUUCCUCCUAAACCAUUUAUUAAAGUGAAAACAUCAUCAACUGCGCCUCCUUCUUCUGUACCAACUAAGUCAUCCGGAAGUAAGGUUAAAUCAAACAAAUUUCCUUCUAAAAUUACUUCGAAAAGUGUAACAAAUCCAGAGAAUUUAUCAACAAAAACUAGAAGUUUUGAAGAACUAAUAAAAACCGGUAGUGGUAGACACCAUCCUGUUCAAAUGUAUGAUCAUCCAAACAGAUUUGGUUAUGAAAAAAGUAUACCUUCUUCAUCUUAUGUUGAAAAAAUACCAAUAGAAAGUUUAGAAGUAAUUCCAGAUCCAGAUAUGCAAGAAGAUUGGAAAGAGGUACAAAGAAAAAGGCAAAAAGAUGCACAAAUUAGAGGAAAACAAGCUUUGGAAAAAGAGAAAUUGAAAAAAGAUUAUGAGGAAAUGAUGAGGCGAUUACCUCUCCUUCAGAAAAAGGAGAGAGUACUGGAAAUUUUUAAUGACAAACCGGAAUAUCAUAUGACAGAGGAACGGUUGAAAGAAAAAGAGCGAUUAAAACAAAAUAAAUUAGAAAACGCUUACAAUAAAGCAUUUCCUAACCUCAAACCAGCUUUUGUAACACUUCCUAAGAUUAAUCAAGCCGAGACUCCUGAUACUGAUACUAAUCAUGCAAAUUGGGACGUCGAUUACCCAGUAUCGCAAAUGUUUACACCAAAAGAAGUGCGAGAUAUUCUCAAAAGUUUCACUAGACAAAAUCCGGAAAACAGACGAACGAAAUUGAAAGAAUUAUUAAAAAAAUUGAAAUUACAAAAAGAAGAAUUGCUUAAGGAAAUUUCUGCAUUACCCAAAGACGACAAUGUAGAUGAAAUUAUAAAUGAUUUAAGAUCAUUUGAUACCGACGAGGUGGAAGAUCGUACUAAAUCGAAACAUAAAAAGAAAACCCCGAGGAAACGAUGUAGAAAGGAAAAUGAAACCGAUAGUAGUAUUGAUGGUUCUUCUUCGGAGCAGUAUAACAGUGGAAAUAAAGAAGUUGUUGGUAAAUCACCGAGAAAAAGAGCGAAGAUUAAACAAAAAAUUAUAAUAUUACAAAACACUAGUACUCAAACUACUCCCAAAUUAUCUCCAACACAAGAUACAUCAGUUCAAGUAAGCACUACUGGAUCUCCUUUUGAAAAACCAUCAGUUCCCGUUCAAACAACUCAAACAUCCCCGGUAUUUUGCAAAAAAAUCCACGUACCUUGUGAUUGCUAUAAAGAAAAUGAAGCACCAAAAGAUAAUAUGUGCCACAUUUUCAUCAAACUGAAGGACGAUGAAGAACCAGACGUAGUUGUUAAAUCCACAGAUGAACCUCUCAAACCAGUCGAACUUAAAAACGUUCGUGUACAGAUACCAAACAAAAAAUCUGUCAAAACUCAAUCGAUUUCAGUCGAUACCACAUGGAAAGAACAAUUCAGUAAAAAUUCAACGUCGACCACGAGUACUUCCUAUCUAAGUCCACCGGAUUUUAAAAAAAAAUCCCGUCAGGAUUAUUUCAAAAAACCGCAACAAAAAGAAUUGUCUUCGAUUUAUUCGGAAUACCAAGAAACGUCCGGCGAUCCGAAAAUACCAACUUACGUUAAAAAACUUUUGAGCAUGACCAGAGUGAGCGUGGAAAAUUUGAGCGUGUCAUCAAGUACCGUGGAAACUCCCAGUCAAAGUGUCAUAGAAAUCGACAGCAACAACCGGAACCCGUCGCAGUACGUUCAAGUACCAUUAAAUACGAGCUGCAGUUGUUCGGAUACAGUACCGGAAAAAGACUAUUCCGGAUGUAGUACGAAAUCGAGGGAGAACAUAUUAGCGCAAUAUACCGAAAUUACGGACAAUUGUAGCAAAAGAAUCGAAGCUUUAGCCGGGAUGAUACGAAAAUUAAGAGAAGAUAAAAUCAAAAUGUUGUCUACGAAUAUUUCAAAAAGUCCAGAUAAAGAUUUAUCCACUACGUAUAUGGAUUUGCCUGAUAAUAAAAUCGAAUCUAAGGAAAGUAGCAAACGAUCGAGUUCCAGUUUAGACGAAGAAGAAAUUUACAAGAAGUUGAUGGAAAUCAAUCACGAAUUCGAUGGAGAAGUGAAAAAAUUGAAGGAAUCAACUAAGAGUGCGCGGAUAAUUGCAUCUGAAGCGCCCAAUGAUGAUACUUCAAUCAACGCACCAUUGGAUAGCGAAGACGUAUCUUCAUCAAAUAACACAAAUCAAGAAUUCCUCGAUAGAAUUCAUCGACUCCAAGAACGACCAAAUAAUCAGAAUCAACAAUUUGAACCGUUCUUAUCAGACAUUCCCAGAUUACCUAAAUUCGAACCGCAGGAAAACAAUACGAGUUCGAAUCACAAACGUCCUCCAUUGUCGAAAGGUUUGACGUCCAUUAAAAAAAUUAAUGGAAACGUGACUUUAGUGCCUCAUGAAUUAUCCACGAUAGUCGAAGCCGAUAGUCAAAUUUCCACGAAAUUACCGAGUCCGGAAACUUCAAGAGAUUCUUUUAACUUCAAUGCCAACCAACAUCUUUUACCAAUCCAAGAAGUGGUUUCUUCGACGUCAAAGUCUAACGAGAGCCUAUCUAAAAAGUCUUCAGGAGAUGUAACAAAAGAAAGUAUCGGUACUAAUGCUAAUAAAUCAGAAGAUCUUCCAAAUUGUAGUAAAUACAAAGAAUCUUGUAAUGACAAAACUUGUCCGGAUGGUAGUCAAAAAAUGUUAUCGUCAUCGUCGAGCGACGAUAUGGAGAGCAUCGAGAAUAUGUUGAGAAGCAUCGGUAUGGAGUGGGCGAUUCCAACUUUACAUAAAACUCAAGAGGCUUUAGCUCUAACUUCCAGCUCGAGUUCUUUGGAUUUAAGUAGAAAGAAACCGAAGACAUCUCCUAUCGAUAUCAGUGGUAGUGAAAUAAGUUUGAGGGAAUUUUUGAAGAAGCAAAUUUUAAAAAUUUCGUCGAGUACAAUGCUCAGCGAGGAGUCCAUUGGUAGUUUCCUAGGAGAAAGUUCCGAGUUAUCGGGAAUACAGAAAAAUACGAAUUCUACUCGGGAUAAAAGUAGACAGAGGACUUCAACUCCGCUCGGUAGCAGUAAAUUUAUGAGUUCUAGUAAAUCGAACGUUGGAUUUUCAGAUUCAGAAUUGUCGUCCAUAAAGCAGGAAUAUACGAAAUCAAAAAAAGAUGAAAAAAAGUGAAAAUGGAACAACAACGCAAUAGAUGGAUUUGUUGAUUUUUAAUUUAUUGACUUGUUCUGCUAUUUUAUUAUGUGUGUAAUUUAAUUAAAUUGAUUAUUUUUAUUUA